GGCAACGUGUAACAAAACGCGGCCGCCUUUAAUUUCUGUAAGGUUAUCACAUUGUUACAAAUAUUAAUUUAUUUGUUCUCUCGUAAAUUUUUUCAAAGUAUUAAAAAAAAUUAUGAGCGGCAUAGAGCCAGGGUUUUGUCCAGAUUGUGGUUCGAUUCUUCCACUGCUAGAAGAUGUAUCAUCAGUUCAGUGUUACAGUUGUAAACGGAUAUUCGACCACGAAGCUUUUGGAACUAUGGAAUCGAGUUACACGAUACACUUCAACACUUACACAAAAGCGAGGAAUGUCGAUCAAGGCGAGGACGAAGGCCCUAUCGUUGAGAGGCGGUGUCCGAAGUGCAACAACGACAAAAUGUCGUACGCCACGAUUCAGCUACGGUCUGCUGAUGAAGGACAGACAGUGUUUUACACUUGUACUAAGUGCAGGCAUAAAGAAACGGAAAAUUCAUAGUUGUUGAUACAGAGCGGGUGUAUUUAAUAUCUGUGAUUGGUAAAUAUUUAAGUUGUGCAUUAUUUAUUUCAAUUUGUGAAUUGAAAUGGCCUUUUUGUUUGAACAAACUUGUAUAAAAACAACUGAUAGUUAAAUUUUAAAAUGGAAUUUUUAUGGAAACA